AGUUGACAGAUGACAGACGACGCGACGGAAACGGAACAAACAGAACUGAAACAACAUCGAUUUUUUGUUAUACAUGCUCUAAAACCUUUUUAAAAUGUGCACACAAAAUUAAAGGCAAAGCGAUUUAUUUUCGAAAUAAUCUUUAGUACCAAAUCAAAGUUGUUACUCGGUCUUGAAACCACGUUCAACCAUGUUUCGAUUUUAGAAGCUGACAACUUCGUUGUCCGAUGUUUGUUGUAUUUUCAACACAAUGAGCGAAGAAAGCGGUAUGUCAGACCAAGUACGUGUAAAAGAAGAAGUGGUCGUGAAAGAGGAGCCGCAAUGGUCCGACAGCGAGCCGUGUCGAGAAGAGGUGAAGCCUGUGAUAAAAUAUGAGAUUGAGAUCAAAACGGAGAUGCUACCGCCUGAAGAGAUUUCGCCGGCUGAGGACACAACUACAGCGGAGAUAGACACAGCAUCCCAAAAAGUAACAGAAGAUAGCACAACACCACAGCCAACCCAACGUCAAAGUUAUUACAAAAAAUUAAAAGCAAAAAAGACAUUUUUAUGCCACACCUGCAACCAAUAUUUCUCAAGUAAAACCGUCUUAAACACGCACAUUCGAAUUCAUCUCGAUAUAAAGCCUUACUCCUGCGAAAUAUGUGACAAAAAAUUCAGGAGUGCGUCGUGUUUAACGAUCCAUAAGAGAGUUCACACUGGAGAGAAACCAUAUAAAUGCGAAGUUUGUAAGAAACGGUUUACGAAGCGUGUUAAUUUGAAGAGACAUUUGCGGACGCAUGUUGCUGCAGGUUUGAUCGAGGGCCCAGCUACCUUAGGUGUCAAGCUAUUCGAAUGCGAAAUAUGCCACAAGCAGCUUACGAACAAACGGAACUUAAUCGACCACAUCCGCAUACACACCGGAGAAAAGCCCUUCAAAUGCGACAUCUGCUCGAAACAAUUUGCCGACAAACGUAACUUAACCUGCCAUUUAAGAAUCCACACCGGCGAAAAGCCUUAUUCAUGCCAUGUCUGUCAGCGCCAAUUUGUGCAAAAAGGACAGCUGAACUCUCAUCUACUAAGUCACUCUGCAGAAAAGCCUUACCCAUGUGACCUUUGUGAUAGACAAUUUACAAGAAGAGAUCUUCUAGCAUAUCAUAAGAAAUCUACUCAUAAUGGGGAAAAACCGUACACCUGCGAAACGUGCCAAAAGAAAUUCGCCCGUAAAAUGCAUUUAAACAAACAUAUGAUCACGCAUUCUGAUAAAAAGCCUUAUCCCUGCGAAAUUUGUCCUAGGCAGUUUACGAAUAAACGUAACUUUAUUAGUCAUAACAAAAUUCACGCGGGUGACGUGCCGUUUUCUUGUAUGACGUGUAUUAAACCCUUUAAAGAUGAGAAAGCGUUGGCUAGACACAAAAAACUCUAUUGUGAGAGAGAUCCUAGUUUGGGACCUUUAAAACCUAGAAAAAGGAGUAAAAGAAAAGCGCCUGAGAAAAAAACCGAGGCCGAACCACCACAGGCUCUGAAUUUGACACUGAGUAUAAAGGAAGAACCAGUCGUAGAUUAAGAUUUAGGAUCUAAAGGGAUCCUUAGAUAGUGUUUAUCGUCUUGGAGUGUAUUAUAGUGUGAAAUGUGAUUGUAUAAUAUAGAUUAUUAAUGUAGGUAUGAGAUCAAUAAACUGAACGAAUCAUGCAA